CGUGUGCACAUUCUGGAGACAGCAGCGGAGGGAAUGUGGCAGUCACGUAGAGGAGGGAAAACCUGGAGGAACGGCAACUGGCAAUGCGUCGAACAAAGUACUAAACUCCUAAACAUACGUAUAUCGUUACGUUAGUUCUGUGUCGGGGGAUUAAACUACAGUCUGCUACAGCUGAAAGCCAACAUACUGGAAUAUAAAACUCGACUUUUCUGGAAUAUCAACACAAGGAAUAACGUUACGUUGCUGUGCCAGCUCUUCGGAGUUUUCCUGCGAACUGCCACCGUGGUCCGCUACGUUUCAAGGGGGUUGAAAAGUUUAUGCUGCUAUACUUCACUAAAAGAAAGUCUCUCCAUACCUCUGCAGGAAAUAACAUCACACGGAGGAUUUUAUUUUGAAGCCGCUGCGUUUGGAGCCGUCCGCUGAGCGUCGGAGACAGGAAGUGUCUCACCUGAGGCAGGUCUCCAUGUCUCCAGAUUUUAAAUAAAGCUGGUUCAAACGCGAGGAGGAGGAGGAGGAGGCGGGGGCGGCAGGCAGCGAGGGGGAGCAUGGGGAAGGAGCAGGAUCUGCUGCAGGCGGUGAAGAGCGGAGACCUGCCAUCCACUCAGAAGCUGCUGUCCAAACUCAAAGCCAACAGGAACAAGUUGCUGGGCUCCACCAAGAGACUGAAUGUCAACUACCAGGACUCAGACGGGUUUUCGGCGCUGCACCACGCUGCGCUCACAGGGACCGCAGAGCUGCUGUCUGCACUGCUGGAGGCUCAGGCCACCGUGGACGUCAAGGACAGCAACGGAAUGCGUCCGCUGCACUACGCCGCCUGGCAGGGGAAAGCCGAGUCGGUCCUGGUGCUGCUCCGCUCCGGAGCAUCGGUGAACGGUGUUUCUCUGGACGGACACAUCCCUCUGCACCUGGCAGCGCAGUACGGACACUACGAAGUGUCUGAGAUGUUGCUGCAGCAUCAGUCCAACCCGUGUCUGGUCAAUAAGGCCAAGAAGACACCUCUGGACCUGGCCUGUGAGUUUGGAAGAGUCCAGGUGUCCCAGCUGCUGCUGAGCAGCAACAUGGUGGUGGCGCUGUUGGAAGGAGAGAGGAAGGAGCCGACUGACUCCGCCUUUACCACGCCACUGCACCUUGCCGCCCGCAACGGACACAAAGACAUCAUAGGGCUGCUGCUGAAGGCCGGCAUCGACAUCAACAAGACCACCAAGUCUGGAACGGCCCUGCACGAAGCCUCUCUCUACGGGAAGACGGAGGUGGUCCGCCUGCUGCUGGACGCCGGAGUGGACGUGAACAUCCGGAACACCUACAACCAGACGGCGCUGGACAUCGUCAACCAGUUCACCACGUCGCACGCCAGCAGGGACAUCAAACAGCUGCUCCGAGAUGCGACUGGCGUCCUGCAGGUCCGAGCUCUGAAGGACUACUGGAACCUCCACGACCCGACGGCGCUCAACAUCCGAGCCGGAGACGUCAUCACGGUGUUGGAGCAGCACGUGGACGGACGCUGGAAGGGACACAUCCAUGACACCCAGAGAGGGACGGACCGAGUCGGCUUCUUCCCCCCGUCCAUCGUGGAGGUCAUCAGCCGGAGAAACGGGGGCACCCUGUCCCGGCACGCCUCCCUGCCCACCCAGCGCCAGCAGCAGCUGUCCAGACCCCCCCUCUCCUGCAGUCUCAGCUCCGCCCCUCAGACCGACGACUCCUACACCCUGUAUGCCCCCCCCACUCACGUGGUGCUGCCGCUUGCCAACGGCCUCGCUACCAACACAGGUUUGUCUCCGAGCCGCCUGUCUCAGUCCGGAUUUCCCUUCGAGGACAUCUGGGUCCUCAGGGACUCGUGUCAUGCGGGAGACAGGAACAGCGUGGGGAGCACCGGCAGCGUCGGCAGCACCCGGAGCGCCGGCAGCGGACAGAGCACCGAGAGCAACAACGCGCCCAACGGACUGCAACACAACGCUGGUCACCAUGACAACACUAACAAGCCGGCGCCCUCUGCUGGUGAUUCUGGAAACUCCGACUGCAGCAAACAGCCGGAUCAUCCUGCAGGCGGGACUCCCCGGAGGCAGACGGUGACGGUGCAGAGACCCGAGACUUUCUCCCAGCAGUUUGUUCGCCCUCAGCAGCUGCUGGAGGGGAAGGAUGCCGAGGCCAUCUACCAGUGGCUGAGUGAGUUCCAGCUGGAGCAGUACACGGGGAACUUCAUCAGCGCCGGUUAUGAUGUCCCAACCAUCAGCAGGAUGACUCCUGAGGAUCUGACCGCCAUUGGAGUGACCAAACCGGGCCACCGCAAGAAGAUCUCCAUGGAGAUCAACAACCUGAAUAUCCCAGAGUGGCUGCCGGAGUACAUCCCCUCCGACCUCGGCGAGUGGCUCAGCGCCAUCGGCCUCCCGCAGUACCACAAAAAGCUCUCGGAAAACGGCUACGACUCCAUCAGCAUCGUCAGAGACCUGACGUGGGAGGACCUGCAGGAGAUCGGCAUCAUCCAGCUGGGCCACCAGAAGAAGCUGAUGCUGGCGGUGAGGAAGUUGUGCGACAUCCAGCGAGCCAUCCUCCACGCCGAGAUGGGCCACGGCGGCACGCUGCGGCGCAAAGCCCCCGGAGCACUGCACCUGGUCGCCAUUGAGCCGCCGGCCGACUCGGCGGCGGCGGGCGAGUGCUCCUCCCCUCACACCCCAAAGAUGAUGACCUUCAAGGAAAGCGAGCUGAGCGCCGAGCUGCAGACGGCCAUGUCCAGCCACUACGGAGGCUGCGAGGACGGCCUCCUCGCCAUCAGGAACGCCGCGGGGAUGUCGCAGAGCCAGGAGAGUUUCGAGACGCGGUCCCGAGGCUCCGGCCGCUCCGGGGAGCCGCCCACGGCGUCCGUCACGCCGCACAGCUGGUCGCAGGAGAGCCUGGACGCCAGCCCCGCCCGGGAGAGGAACCUCCCCGAGGGCUGGGACCAGAGGGCGCCGCCGCAGCCGCACAAACAGGUGCCUCUGGGCACGGCGACCGUCUUUAAGUACCCGGCCAUCCCAGCGAAACCCAAAACGCCCGCGCCGCACGGUCCGUCCCCUCACGGCUCGCCGGCGCUGAAAGGUUUCAGCUACCUGCACUCGAACUGCGGCGCCACCGACCUGCGCGCGUCUCCGCGACAAGGCAACCGCAGCAUGACUCUGCUGCCGGCUAAGAAGCGCGUGCAGAACGCGACCCGCUACGCCCUGUCGGACGGAGAGCCCGACGAGGACGACGAGGAGUCAGCGUUUCAUCACUGUGGAAACGUGGCGUCCUACGCCACGCUGACGCGCAAACCCGGCCGCAGCCAGCUGGCGCGCUUGCACGCGAGUCCGGAGAAGAACAGCAGCGGCGGCGGCGGCGUGGGGCGCAGUCAGUCCUUCGCGGUGCGCGCGCGUAAGAAAGGCCCGCCGCCGCCGCCUCCAAAGAGGCUAAGCUCGGUGAGCAGCACCACCAGCGGCGAGCUGAGCGACAGCAGCACCACGUCGUCUGCUACCGGACUAACAGACAGUCCGGUGAGCGUGAGGAGCCUCGCUGCCUCGCUGGAGGGCCGGACGGAGAGAGAGGAGAAGAACCCGCCAGGACCUAAACCUGACGGCGUCCGGCAGGAGGCGUCGCCGUCCGUCGCCGUUAACUCCGCAGGACAGGAGGUUGCUGCUGCGGCGAGGAGGAGGGUGCAGAGCGAGUGUAUACCCACCACGACCGUCAGCGCCACGGAGCCGGAUCAAGGGGUGAAGUCGGACUCGGAGGAAGAAGAACCCAAAGGCCCGGGCCUGGACGGCUCCUCGUCGCCUCAGAACAGCUCCAGCGAGUGCAUCCCCUUCGCCGAGGAGGGAAACCUGACCAUCAAACAGCGGCCCAAAGCUCCGGGGCCGCCCAGGGCCGAGGCCGUGCUGGAGCCGCCGGAGAAACACGCCAAGAACCUGGACGUGCCCGAGUUUAACCUGAAGGAGUCGGACACGGUGAAGCGCCGACACAAACCCAAAGACAAGGAGCCGGGGGGAGACUCGCCCGGCAGGGAGGGAGCCAGCAGCAGGCCUCCGUCCCAGAGCCGGGAGGAUCUGAGGAUCAGCGAGGAGAGGCCGGCCAGUCCAGCGACAGGGUCCCCCAUCAAACCUCCGCUCUCCCCGAAACCUGCCGUCGCCCCGAAACCUGUCCGCCACAGUCUGCUGGCAGCACAAGCAGCUGGACACUUGUCUCCAUCUGUGAGCGUCAGCGGGGUUCAGAGUGUGGCCUUCACCUCUGCGUCCUGUCCAUCCUCUCCCGGGCCCCGAGCCCCGGCACCCCCGGCCCCUGAGAGUCCCUCUCUGGCAGCGGCGAGGCCCCAGGUGUGUGUCGUGGGUCCGGGUCCGGUCCCCGAGUCGCCAUGCGGGACCCAGGUGGUUCAGCAGAGACUGGAUCAGACCAGCACGUCUCUGGCAGCCGCGCUGAAGGCCGUCGAGAGGAAACUGGAGGACAACUCAGAUGGUGGAUCGAGCACGAUGAAGUCUGCGGGGACGAUUCUGGACGACAUCGGCAGCAUGUUUGAUGACCUGGCUGACCAGCUGGACGCCAUGUUGGACUGAAGACUUUCAAAUUAAAAGCCUCAACCUCAGGAAGAGAAAAGGAGAAACUCAGAAACCGAAAAACUGAAACAGAGAAACAGAGAAACUCAAACAGAGAAACUCAGAAACAGAGCAGCAGAGAAACUGAGGAAGAGGAAACGGAGGGAAGGAUGGUCGAUGUUUUGAACCCUCCGCUCUGAACGACACGAUUAACACAGACAUUUGGAGGAACGAAGGGAAAACACUUGUUGUGUUUCUUGGCCUGAACACCAGCACUUCAUCUCCCCGGUGCUUCCUGCGUGAUGUCCUCCACUCUUGUUUCUGACAGCAAGGUCCGAAAUUAAUUCUCGCCAAGCUCCAAGUACGGGUAAAUGUUCCGUUUGGCGAGUAAAUAUAAGAGGGCUAUCCGGGUUAGGGUUAGGGUUAUGGAGGGUAAAUGUUUGUACCAAAAUAGUUAAUGUUUUACAGUCUUCAUUUUGGUGAAGCUGAAUCAUCUUCAGUUUACAGUCCGCUUUUAGGCAGUUUGUAGUCAGUUUUUCGGUCAGUCUACAGUCAGUUUUCAGUCAGUUUUUUUGGUCUGUUUUCA